CAUUGCUCCUUGGGUCUUGACUCUUGACUGACGGACUGACUGAGUGAAGUUCAGUCUGCCCCCCCGCCCCAAAAGACUCCAGGGCGCGAACAGGGACUCCCUCAUUUAACCAGCUCCUUACCACUUCUCCCACGGUGUCCGUGGUGCUCCCGGACGCUGGGGAUUCAGCUUUUCGUCAAUGCAGCACAGUUCGAGUUUCGUGCUCCCUCCACAUAUUGAAAGCCAUGGCUCUCUUCUCUUCCCCGACGAGUUCGAGCGAAGCGACUCCACAUUCUCCUCCUUGACUCUAAGCGGCCCCGCUGCCAUGCCUGAGACGCCCUCCUCGACCGACGACAGUCAGUCCCACGGCGCCAGCGUCGGGACUGACUACAAUUCAGAUGAUCUGGGCAGUCCGCGGGCGGAAUCGCAGCCAGGCUAUGGUCCUGCUACGGACUCUGCGCCUCACAAACUCGCAGCAGCAGCGCGACGCCGGUCGGAGCCCGCUCAGUCUCCGAGAUCCUCUGCGGCGCUUCGAUUCGCGGUGAUUUCAGCCAGAGAUACCGAUUUACCGAUGCAAGAUGUGAUACCAAAGGUGGAAGAGCUCGAUGACGGUGCUGAAAGUCUGGAUGCGAUCAAGCCAUCCGAACCGGUGGACCAGGCGGAGCCGUCUAGCAGCGCGGGCGCGCCCGUCAACGUUCCACGGAAACGAGGGAGACCGCGCAAACACCCAUUGCCAGUGCCAGGAGGACAGGCCAAGAUCGCAAAGGGCAGGUCGAAGACGGGUUGCAUAACGUGUCGACGCAGGAAGAAGAAGUGCGAUGAGACGAAGCCUGCGUGCUUUAACUGCCAGAAAAAUGCCGUGGUCUGCGAGGGCUAUCCUCCCAAGGAGAUAUGGAAGAGUGGCAAACAGAAGAUCGAAGAUGCUGUUCGAAGAAACUCCCUGACUGCAGUUCCUCGCGGCCUGCCUUUUCUGAUUGACGGCAUCGAGACGGACGUUGAUCGCAGAUUUCUGGACCAUUUCGUUUAUGACUUCAGUCGAGUCUUGACGUUGAUCAAUGAUGAUUCGAACCCGUUCAAAGAGAUAUUGCUUCCCAUGGCAACGCAACACAGAGGCCUCAUGCACUCUCUGAUGUGCCUGUCCGGGUCGCAUCUGUCAGCUCUGGAUCCUGAACCCAGAUUCAAGGAGCGCAAACAUUACCACUUCGAUCGCGCCAUUACAGACUUGCGAGAAAAUAUCAACACAACGUCCGCGAAUGUGAAGGAGCCCGAACUCCUGAUUGAGGAUCCUAUCAUCGCCUCCACUCUUGCGCUUUGUCUGAACACGAUCUGUGAGGGAGAAACCAACGGGGAAUACAGGUCUCAUAUGGAUGCCGCACGCUACUUGCUGGUCACUCAGCGGCCCAGAAACGAGAAGUUCCGCCAAUUCAUCAUCGAAUUCUUCCAGUAUCACGAGAUCUCGAACUCCUUGACCUGCUUGGAUCGACGUCCCGUCCAUGCCAUCGGUGAUCUCCGUCUUCCCGACUUUGUCCCUCAACCGCAGGCAGGCGUGUUCCUAGGCAUUUUCGAUGGCCUUUUUAGUCUUAUAUCCGAAAUCACGAAGCUACGAGACAGGAUCCGGCAGAGACACAACGAAGGAUAUGAGCCCGCUAUAGACUACGAGACGCUAAGUGAAGCUGUUCGCAUUGACUCUGCGCUCCGUGUCUGGGAACCUUCAUAUCCCCCUGAGACGUCCAACUGGUACGCAGCUCAGUUAUACCGUCAGUCGACCUGGGUUUACCUUUACCGUACUAUCCGUCCCUCACGUCCUAGCGACAAGAUCAGCCAAGUUGUCGAUGAUGGUCUAGCUUUUCUGGACCAGCUGCCUCAGGACGCGGGGGCUUACAGCAUCAUGCUGAUGCCAUUAUUCCUUCUCGGUUGCUCUUCUUUCUUGGAAAGGCAGCGUGAGAGAGUGAGGGCUGGAUUCGAUACCUUGAGAGCAUAUUCCAAUUUGCGCAACAUCGAACCGGCUUUGACUGUCGUGCAGAAAGUCUGGGAGGUCAUGGACACGAAUACUGAAGACAGUUGGGACUGGGAAAAGAUCAUCAACAACAUGCACAUGGACUUCUUGAUUACAUGAACAAGAUGUGCGCCUUCUCCGUUGGGUCUAACAGUCCCAGCAACGCCUUUCAUAUUCAUCAAUGUGCAAUAAUUCCUUUUGGUUUGAUUGCCAGCUUCGAGUUCCAUUAGGAUACUCCCAGUGGCAGGGGAUUCUGAUCUUUGUCGGCUGACGCUGAAUUAACGAG